GUGUUAUCAUACGAACUGGCGAAUGCGAUAUUUUAGACUCGAGAACAAAAUGGAUUUUAAGUGCGUAAAGAGAACUUUCAGGGAGGCAGGUGGUGUUUUUGUAUCCAAAAACAAUUCAACUUUUCACAAGAAAACAACUGUGUACCCAAAUGACUUGAAUUUCGUUAAACAGGAGCCAAGACGGUACGAUAUUUUGAGCAGCCUUGCUUCGUGCUUCCCACAUGGAAACUUGCGGGACAAUAUUGAGAUAUACGUUAGUUGUGCCACGGGUCUGUAUAAUGUAUGUGACGAUGCCAAAUGGAAAUGCAUUUCCCAAAAUGAUGAUUCCUUAUACCAUCACCUGUUACAACAAAAGUACAGAGAAGAUUCUUUGACGAAAUUGGGAGUUGGAAAAGAUGUCAGUGCCAUCCCUAACUGGAUCCGACAACUGGUUAUGAAUGAAAUUCGACCAAAGACAGCAAAUGUGGAUGUUCAAGCCACACCAGACAUGCAGGACUUUGGUGUUCAGGCCAAACCUGUAGAGACAUCAGAGAUGAACGUGCAGGCCUCUGUGGACAUGCAGGACUUUUGUGUUCAGGCCAAACCUGUAGAGACAUCAGAGAUGAAUGUGCAGGCCUCUGUGGACAUGCAGGACUUUGGUGUCCAGCCCAAACCUGUAGAGACAUCAGAGAUGAAUGUGCAGGCCUCUGUGGACAUGCAGGACUUUGGUGUCCAGGCCAAACCUGUAGAGACAUCAGAGAUGAACAUGCAGACAUCUGUUGAGAUGCUGGACUUUGGUGUUCAGGCAGUCCCUACCAAGACCACCAACAUUCAAACCCAGACAGUCAAUGAAACAUCACAGGAAGUUGUGUCAUCCAAAAAUGUUACUUUACAGGUCCAUCUGACUCGGGAUGGUAAACUUAACAGCAUCAGCACUGGUGGACUGGAACUUGAGCUAGAUGACGAUGACUCAAAUAUCAUUUUAGAAAUUCUGAGGAGGAACAUUGCAAAGAAAACCCAACGAAGUAUUGCUGCUACUGCUUCAGUAGCACCUGCCCCUGCCCCUGCCCCUGCCCCUGUCCCUGUCCCUGUCCCGACGUCUCAGUCCCGACCCCCUGGGUUUGGCCUAAAUCCUAAUGGGCAGGAUAAAAGGGAUACCAGCAAGACUAGCAUUGUAUGCCAAGAAAAUCAACAGAAAGCGACAACUGGCACUGUGACAAGAUACCACCCAAAGCUUCCUGCAAUCACCUAUUUUUCAAAUCUGCCAUCCAACUCGUCCCCAUUCAGAGGUUAUGGGUAUGCUGCACCAGACGACAUGCCGUCAACGAUGGUGGAUGUGAGAAUUCCUAUUGUGCUAAACCAUGAAAUCAUUCUGAAAAGGCGUGAAAACAGUAGACAGCUCCACAUACUGGGAAAUGGUUCCUAUGGUUUCGUCUAUAUGGCAGAGUAUUAUAAAAAUCCACUGGCAAGUAUUUGUGUGAAGGACUUUGACCCUGAUAAUUCAUCAACAUUCGACAUUUACCAGGAGACACAAACUCUGCUGUAUCUCCAGAGCACUCAGUUUGUUCCGAAAUGCUAUGGACUUAUGGAGUCUCCAAUCACUCCCAUAUCGGGUGCCUUUGCCCUUGUCCAAGAGUGUUUUGCAGGGGGAUGUACCUUAAAGAACUUGAUUGUCAACCCUCCAGCUACCUUUGGAAAGUGGAAUUGGGUCUGCAUAAUAUACCAGCUGUUUCACGGCCUGGAUAUUAUACACAACAAACAUGUCCUUAUCAACGAUAUUAAGACAGAUAACAUCCUGGUUGACGUACAAGGAGAUGAACUUUCCAACCUUAGGUACAUUGACCUGGGACUGGCCUCUUUCCGAUGUGGCCACAGGCUCACUGGUAACCCUCAGUAUAUGGCCCAGUUUGUUCACCUGGCCCCGGAGGUUCGUCGAGGAUUCUUCUCCACCCCGGCCUCUGAUGUGUACAGUGUUGGGGUCAUUGUCAAUGAAAUCUACUCCAUCUUCCAUAUUAAGGAACUGGAAUCAAUUGUGGACAUGACCAUGAAGGACAACCCUGCCAGGAGAGAUAAGUGUGAUCACAUCCUGCAGAAACUUGAAGGAGUUCUCUACCUUUGAAGAAAACCACAGAAGUUGUUCUAACACUUAAGUGAAGACCAAAAUUGAUGAAAGAUGGGAACAAAAAAUGUUUUAAUUGCAUACAAAAUAUUUACUACAAUUGGAAAGAACUUUCAUUUCAACAUUGGCAAAACAAGACUAGCAAUCAUCUUUCUUUAAAAAAUAAGUAGUCUAGAAGAAAUUUGAUGAUUUCAGAAGAAUUGGUGGGAAAUGUCCCAGAGAAGCUUACAAUGGAAUUUUUCUAAAGACAUCCAAAAUGUUUUGAUAAUUUUCAUAUUUAUAUUUUUUAACAAAAACGACUGUGAUAACAUUUAUUUUUAUAUUACUAAUUAUUUUUAUUUUUGUUACACAUCUCCGUUAAGUUUGUGAUUCUUACCUGUUGAAUUAGAAAGUCCAAAUUUAUUGUUUAUACCAAUUUUUUAGCAUGUUAUACUUUUUCAAGUUGAAUUUCGAUAAUUUACACACUACUAUUAAUUAAGAUAUUUCUGUGUUAUAAAAAUACUGAACUGAUUUCCAGGGUACAAGUUUAUUGUAGUUUACAUGACACACAAGUCUUAUAUAUUUCAUGCAAUUUCUAUAAAUAAUUCUACAUGAUAUUCACCAUUAAUAUACAGAAAAUUGUUAUGCAUGUAUACACAACAAAUAUAUAUAUAUACACAGUAACACCUUGUUAUACUGUCACCAUUUCUCUAGCCUGGCAUUAUAUCAAGGGAGACAUAAAAUAGGGAGGGAAUUUAAUAUAGGGAAGAGAGGAUCUGGUAUUGUUGUCCGUAGACAAGCAAAAGGUGGCUUAUGAAAUCAGGGGCAUCAUAUAGAGGUUUUACUGUAUACUAUUAUUCUGCAAUAUUUUUAAUGGUGCUUUCAGGUGAAAAAUUCUGAGAAUCAUUUUAACUGUCACUGUUUUUAAGGUUGACAAAUUUAAUAGGCAGUAUAUUUUUUUUAUGAAAUUCUUUACUUUGGCCAAUGAGCUUAGCAGACUUACCGAUUAUUUAAGAAUUAUUACUACGACAAAGUAUAUAUAAUACUCCAACUAUGAUUAUUUUAUCAUUAUAAUACUGACAAAGAAGUGUAAGAAUU